AUGCUCUCCUCCGAACCGGAGAAACGGCCGUCCGCAAGCAGAGUGAAGAAGUGUUUUGGGGCGGCGAUUAAGGAAAUCCCGUCUACACGUGGCCCUGCUGUUUCACUUCAUUGCAUCUCGCCUCCGAAGCAGGAGAAGAGCGCACCCAACAAGGCAUGGCCGAAAGAGGCGGAAGUCAUAAUGGGGAUGGAUAAGAAGAACAACAGAGCGAGCAUGGUUAAGAGGCAGGCUUCUGUACCUGUCUUGACGAAGUCGAAAGCGGAUUCUGUUCUCUCCUCGUCGUCUGUUUCUGAGUUUGACUUUGGGUUUUCGGAGGCUGCUAGUGAUAGUGAGACCAAUCCGGAGGAAUUGCAGGAUGGGGCUGAGGAUGAGAUUGAUCCUUCUAUUCUCGAUGAUUUUGAGUCAAUUGAACCGGUCGAUCGAGUGUCGCCUCAAUUAUCAUUACCGGAUCUUGAUUCUAACAUCACCGGGAUUGAGGCGUUGACCUUUCGUACUUAG